CCAGAUUGGAGUCUGUCUGACUCGAUUUUCAGGCUUGUUUAUCUUUCUUAUGACAGAUAUUCAGGAGUUGAAUAAGUAUUCGACAAACUAUUGUGUCAACCCUAACCUAUCCAUCCCUAGUCUUGUCAUCCUUUCUUCACUAUUAAACUUCUAGCCGACUUCCUCUUCCACGACCAAUACCGUAGAUCUUGAGAACGCGUCAGUUCGCUAAACGACGACAACAAUCUCCUAUUUACCUUAAUUCCACUUCUCAACAAACAGCAACUAUGGCUGGUCGUCUCGCUGGCAAGAAUGCCGUCAUAACCGGUGCCGCAGGUGGCAUUGGACUCGAGACGUCCAUCUUGUUCGCCAAGGAGGGUGCCCAUGUCCUGAUGGCCGAUAUCUCUCUCGACGCCCUGGCUAAGGCACUUGACAAGGUUAAGUCGCUGGUGCCUGGCGCUCAGGUUGAGACAGUGAAAUGCGACGUAUCCAAAGAAGCCGAGGUGAAGGCCAUGAUUGAGCACGUCGAUGCGUGGGGCGGCCUGGACAUCAUCUUCAACAACGCCGGCAUCAUGCACGCCGACGACGCCGACGCGGUCGACACACCCGAGAACAUCUGGAACCUCACACAGGACAUCAAUGUCAAGGGCGUGUGGUACGGCAGCAAACAUGCUGUUCUUGCGCUCCGCCGCCACAAGAAGACAAAGGGCUCCAUCAUCAACACGGCCUCAGUAGUGGCGCUUGUCGGUUCCGCGACCCCGCAGCUCGCCUACACGGCUUCCAAGGGCGCCGUCCUGGCCAUGACGCGCGAGUUGGCCAUCGUGCACGCCCGCGAGGGCUUCCGCUUCAACAACCUCUGCCCGGCGCCGCUCAACACGCCACUUCUGCAGGAUUGGCUCGGAGACGACCAGGCCAAGCGCCACAGGCGUGAGGUGCACUUCCCGACAGGCAGGUUCGGCGAGGCUGUCGAGCAGGCUCAGGCCGUUCUGUUCCUGGCUAGCGACGAGAGCAGCUUUGUCAAUGGCCACGACUUUGUCGUGGACGGCGGCAUGACCAAGGCCUACGUCACCCCUGAGGGUCCGGCUAUGGCGGCCCCGCAGAACAAUGCCAGCAAGUCGUCGCUUGCGUGAAGAGGCAUCGGACCGGUUGAUGCAGGAUUGAUGGAGGUCCAGGGGCAAACACUCAUGCAGGGCAACAUUGGAAGUUGCAAGGCACCCGAUCCUAAAAGCCAUGGAUAUAAUGAUUGAUUGGGUCACAUAUUAGUCUGCACUAGACCCCUGAAAAUGCCAUCAAAGUUCGAACUCCUUUUCCAAUGGCGCCAGGCGCUGUUCCAAACUUUAAUCUCGGCCCGAUUUGAUUAUUUUCUAUGCUAAGAACUGGCGGAUGAUGUUUCACGGCUUGCCACUUUAUCCGCGACUGACGAUCAGGUACAUUGGCAGGUCUCUAGAACGGUCUAAAUAAUAUUCGGUGUCUGUGUGUAGUUUUUCCAGAAAAGAAGUUUGACCUUGGCUGGCUUGGACCAAAACGUGCCCAACACCUAAAGUGACCACCAAAACAUACCCCUCCAUCACGAGUCAGUUUAG